UCCAGACAGCGAAGUGAAAUAACAAUGGUAUCAAUUAGGUUACCAUCUAUAGUCUCAGCAUUGUCCCAUGGACAAGCUUUUUUGGGUUUGUGUAGUUUACUUAUUACCCUUCUUUUUCUAUUGCUAAUACGGCAGGUUUUGAAGCAGAGGAGACCUCAAGGAUUCCCUCCAGGACCAUCACCUAUCCCUGUCAUAGGAAACAUUCUGUCUCUUGCAACUGAACCGCACGUCUUUAUGAAGAAACAAAGUGAAAUCCAUGGGCAGAUUUUCAGUCUUGAUUUGGGAGGCUACUCCACCGUGGUGCUUAAUGGAUAUGAUGCCAUUAAAGAAUGCCUGUACCACCAGAGUGAGGUCUUUGCUGACCGCCCAUCUCUACCUUUAUUUAAGAAAAUGACCAAAAUGGGAGGACUUCUGAAUGCCAAAUAUGGCAGAGGAUGGAUUGAACACCGCAAACUGGCCAGCAACUCCUUCCGUUACUUUGGCAGUGGUCAUAAGUUAUUUGAGCUUAAGAUCUCUGAAGAGUGCAUGUUUUUCGUGGAUGCCAUUGAUGAGCACAAAGGGAAACCCUUUAACCCAAAGCACCUAGUGACCAAUGCUGUGUCCAACAUCACCAACCUUAUCAUUUUCGGUGAACGUUUCACAUAUGAUGAUCUCGAAUUCCAGCACAUGAUCGAAAUCUUCAGUGAGAACGUGGAGUUGGCCGCCAGCUGCUGGGCCUUCCUCUACAACGCCUUCCCGUGCAUCGAGUACCUCCCCUUCGGAAAGCACCAGAAACUGUUCUGCAACGCAGCCAAGGUCUAUGACUUCCUGCUGCAGAUCACUGAGCGCUUCUCACAGGGCAGAGUGCGCCAUACCCCACGCCACUACAUUGACGCCUACCUGGACGAGUUGGAACAGAACACUGGCGACUUGGGCACCACGUUUUCAAAGGAGAACCUGAUCUACUCUGUGGGAGAGCUCAUCAUUGCAGGCACGGAGACAACCACCAACACCCUACGCUGGGCCAUGCUCUACAUGGCUCUGUACCCUAACAUCCAAGAGAAAGUGCAUAAAGAGAUCGACAGCGUACUGGGCAAUGGGAAGCCCCCCUCCAUGGAGGACAAACAGAGGAUGCCCUAUGUGGAAGCAGUGCUACAUGAGGUCCUGCGCUUCUGUAACAUAGUACCCCUGGGCAUCUUCCGUGCCACCUCCCAGGAUGCACUGGUGAGCGGCUACACCAUCCCCAAAGGCACCAUGGUCAUCACCAACCUGUACUCUGCACACUUUGAUGAGAAGUACUGGUGUGAUCCAGGAACAUUUUCACCACAGCGCUUCCUGGACUGCAAUGGCAACUUUGUCCGCCGAGAAGCAUUCAUACCUUUCUCUCUGGGAAGACGUCACUGUCUGGGAGAGCAGCUGGCCAGAAUGGAGAUGUUCUUGUUCUUCACCACUUUGAUGCAGCGCUUCCACCUGCAUUUCCCCAAUGGCAAAGUGCCAAGCCUUUCCCCAAAACUUGGCAUGACCCUGCAGCCGCUGCCUUACUCCAUCUGUGCCGUCCGUAGACAGCAGUGACAGAUUCCCAGAAUGCACUGCCCAGGGGGGUGGACUAGUCAGAACAAGCCAUGGGACUGAGUGGGGCUUAGACUCCCUCAUCAACUCCCUGACGCAGCCAGUUACUAAAACUGACCUCCAGGGUCUGAACUCCAGUGUUUUACACAGAACUGAUAGAAUUCUAAAUAUCAGCUGAUGCUUAUUUCUGAGCAAUAGCAUGUUUGCACAGUGAUAUUUGCAAAGUCACAUAAUCACCAGAGACUUACUGGUGAGAUAGGGAAAGUUCAGGUUGAACCUCUUAGUAACUUUAAUUGACAUGAUCAGAAGUGUGAAUACUUACACAAUAUACUAUGAACAAAUAUACUGUACUAUGAAUGAAUCUUGAAUGUGCAUUUUUAUCUGAUAUAAUGAAAUGUAGGUGUGAUCUUCCAUGGAGUAUUACAGGAGGGACCUCUAUGAUGGUUCAUGGCCCUGUCUUUUCUUUCUCAGCUUGCCUGAGGGAGAAAAGGAAACAUUAAGCUAAUCUGUGUUCACUUCAGCUGAACAGAAAAAUUGGUAGACUAGCUGACUUUCCUAGAAGGCUCUGGACAUGGUGUUUCAGCUGGAUCAGCGCCAUAUAUCCAGCAAGUCUGAACGAACAGCGAAACUCAUCUGAAUAAACAUCUGAAUUCAUCUCUGGGGAUAUGUCCUUAGAAAUGCCUUCUCUUAGAAAGUUACUGCAAUGUCAGUACAUUACUAACUUUAUUUUAUGUCUAUUGUGACUUUCCAUUAUGACCAUACUUUGUUGUAAGAACAAUUCCAUGUUGGUGCUAUAGCUAUCUUUUUAUUUUGUAAUGUCUGUAGUUCAUAUUUCCUGGGAGAAAUUAAAGUUAACAUUUUGUA